GGAGGUCGUUGUCGGCGAACGGCUGGUAGCAGACGAAGUGGAGGUUGUCCAGCGCAGUGCUCCGGUUGCUCUCCUUCCUUUCAGUUAGAAGUCACUCUCUUUCGUUCAUCAUGAAGCUGACCGAUGAACAGUCAUGGAAAAAGCUGAAGGAAACCUACGCUGCUGUCGGCGAGAAGCUUAACAUCUACCAGCUUUUCAAAGAAGAUCCUAAACGAUUUGAGAAGUUUAGCCUGACACUUGACACUCCUAAAGAUGGACCCAUCCUCUUGGACUAUUCCAAAAACCGCAUCAAUGAUGAGAUUCUUGGCCAACUUAUUCAAUUGGCUAAAGACAGGAAAGUCGAGGCCAUGCGAGAUGCUAUGUUCAAGGGAGAGAAAAUCAACUUCACUGAAGGCCGUGCCGUUCUUCAUAUUGCGCUUCGUAACAGGAAAAACACCCCUAUCCUUGUUGAUGGCAAAGAUGUGACACCUGAUGUGAAUGCUGUGCUUAGCCACAUGAAAGAAUUUUGUGGUCAGGUGAUCAACAAGGAAUGGAAAGGUUAUACUGGCAAACCUAUUGAAGAUGUGAUCAAUAUUGGUAUUGGUGGAUCUGAUCUUGGACCCCUUAUGGUCACUGAGGCACUGAAGGCGUAUGCUGUCGGUCCUCGAGUGCACUUUGUUUCCAACGUUGAUGGCACUCACAUGGCUGAGACACUGAAGAAGCUGAACCCAGAAACGUCUCUGUUCAUUAUUGCCUCUAAGACUUUCACCACCCAAGAAACUAUCUCAAAUGCCACUUCUGCUAAGGAAUGGUUCCUUGCUUCAGCAAAGGAUCCCAGUGCAGUUGCCAAGCACUUUGUUGCCCUGUCAACAAAUGGUCCGAAAGUGAAGGAAUUUGGAAUUGAUGAGAAAAACAUGUUUGGUUUCUGGGAUUGGGUUGGAGGACGUUACUCCCUCUGGUCUGCCAUUGGUCUUUCGAUUGCCCUGUACAUUGGUUAUGAUCGUUUUGAGCAGUUGUUGGAUGGUGCAAAUUACAUGGACAAUCAUUUCCAGACAGCUCCCCUUGAAAAAAAUGCUCCAGUUCUCCUUGCUUUGCUAGGAGUUUGGUACCACAAUUUCUAUGGAGCUGAAACCCAUGCCCUUUUGCCAUACGACCAGUAUUUGCACAGGUUUGCUGCAUACUUCCAGCAAGGUGACAUGGAAUCUAACGGAAAGAGAGUGACCCGCAGUGGAGACGCUGUAAACUACAGCACAGGUCCUGUUGUUUGGGGUGAGCCUGGUACCAAUGGCCAACAUGCUUUCUACCAGCUUCUACAUCAAGGUACCAGGGUUGUACCUGCUGAUUUCAUCGCUCCAGCACAUACUCUCAACCCAAUUCGUGGAGGUCUUCAUCACAAGAUUCUUCUGGCUAAUUUCCUAGCUCAAACUGAAGCUUUGAUGAAGGGCAAGACUGAAGAGGAAGCAAAGAAAGAGCUUGUAGACUCUGGAAUGAAGAGCCCAGACCUAGAACAUAUUUUACCUCACAAGGUCUUCCCCGGCAAUCGUCCCACCAAUUCCAUUGUUGUAAACAAAGUAACACCUUUCACAUUGGGAGCCCUUAUUGUUAUGUAUGAGCACAAAAUCUUUACCCAAGGAGUUAUUUGGGACAUCAAUUCUUUUGAUCAGUGGGGAGUUGAGCUUGGUAAGCAGCUUGCCAAGGCUAUUGAACCAGAGCUUGCGGACAAGAGCCCCAUUUCAUCUCAUGAUUCUUCUACUAAUGGCCUGAUCAACUUCCUGAAAAAGCAGUGGUGAGUGACAUAGAUGGAGUAAAACCAUUUAACUUUUAACAAGUCAUAUUCCAGAGAUCAGAAGUAUGUAUUUUAGAAGUCUAUGAACUUUAGAACUCACCUCACAAAAGUCAGCUGGAUUUUUUUGAUCCUGUACUGUACUUUAGCAAUAACAGUCGAUAUUAAAAUUGAGAAUACUGAAGUUAGAUACAAUAAAUUUGCUGAUGUAGAAUUUUUAGAAAAUUCUUUUCAGUUUAAGUAUGAUAUUAAUUUUUGAACAUCACAUAUAGCAUUGUACUUAGAGGCCUUAUUAAAGUAGGAGAAUUUUCUCAACUGUACUUCAACUGCCACAAUCAUAUCUAGGUGAUGUUACAGUAAAAGCAAAUCGUGUACUCCUGUGAUUAUAUUUUUUCAAUUUUGUUUUGUUUAUUGUUGCUUGACUCAAUUUUAUCAUGUUUUUUGGUUACAACUGCCAUAUUGUUCAGCAUUUUUAUUCCUGUUAUUUAUUUUAGAAAUGUAUUUUUAAUGUGCCAGAGCAGACCUGGAUAAAGAGUUGUGAGCCUUGUCUUUGGGAGCAAGGGUUCAAGGACAAUAAAAUUUUAUGGCUUGCAAA